AUGACUUCCCCGUCCUCCGCCCUUCCCCGCAAACUGUGGGAACAUGCCAACCCCCAAUCUACAGAGAUGUGGGCCUUCAAACAAAAGCUAGAAGCUGAGAAGGGGCUUCAAUUACCUACAUUCCACGACCUCUACCAAUGGUCCAUCCACAACCGCGCCGCCUUCUGGGCCUUCUGCUGGGACUACUUCCCCAUCAUCCACGAGGGCUCCUACACCACCGUCGUCGACGAAUCAGCCCGCAUAGACAGCGUCCCGACCUGGUUCGAGGGCAUCCGGCUCAACUUCGCCGAGAACAUGCUCUUCGCCGAUCCGCGAGGGUGGCUCGGAGCCAGCGAUCAGCAUCACCUGGCGCGAGCUGCGACAGCGAACGGGGCGGUUAACCCAGGCCUUGAAGGCAGCGGGGGUAGUCAAGGGAGAUCGGGUGGCGGUGGUGGCGAGCAACAGUAUCGAUACACUGGUUAUACUGCUGGCGACGACGGCGCUCGGGGCGCUGUUCUCGUCGCGUCGACCGACACCGGCGUCAAGGGGAUUCUGGAUCGGUUGCUGCAGCUGCAGCCGAAGUGGGUGUUUAUUGACGAUGCGGCGGUGUACAAUGGGAAGCGGAUUGAUCUGCGGCCCAAGAUUAGGGAUAUUGUUGGUGGGUUGGGUGGUGUCGAGGAGUUCCGGGGCGUGGUCGCAGUGCCUCGGUUUGCGGAGCCGGCUGAUCUGACUGGUGUGCCGAAGACGCAGUCGCUGGCGACAUUCCUGGCCCAGGCCCGCUCCGAUGAGCUGGAGUUUGUCCGCAUUGGGUUCCGCGAUCCCUUCCUGGUCGUUUACUCGUCGGGGACGACGGGGAAGCCCAAGCCCAUUGUUCAUGGGGUCGGGGGGUAUAUCCUCAACGGCACUAAAGAGGCCCGGUUACAUAGGGUUCAUAGCCCGGAGUCUGUCGUGCUACAGUACACGACCACGGGAUGGAUCAUGUACCUCUCCGCCAUCACGGGCCUGAUGUUCGGCGGGAAACCCAUCCUAUAUGACGGAAGUCCCUUCCUGCCUGACGUGAAAUUCCUCAUCCGAUUGCUGGGCGAGUACAAGGUGACGCACUUCGGUACCUCGCCGCGGUAUCUGCAGGAGCUACGGAAGAACAACGUCCGGCCGAGGGAGAUCGCGGACCUCUCCAAUCUCUCCAUUGUCACCAGUACCGGCAUGGUGCUGUCAGAGUCCUUGUUCGAAUGGUUCUACGACGAGGGCUUCCCGGCUCACACGCAGCUAGCCAACAUCUCCGGAGGGACCGACCUGGCCGCGUGCUUCGGCCUCGAAAACCCGCUGACGCCUCUGUACGUGGGCGGCUGCCAGGGACCCAGUCUCGGGCUUCCCAUUGCAGCGUUCGACCAAGCGGACGAAGGAGCGUCUGGGGUCAAGGGGACGGCAGUUCCAGACGGCGUACCGGGCGAACUCGUCGCCACGGCAGCAUUCCCAACGAUGCCGGUGAAGUUCCUCGGAGCCGACGGACCGCAGAAGUAUUUCGAUUCCUACUUUGCCCGGUUUGACAACGUCUGGACCCACGGCGACUUCAUCAGCAUCCACCCGAUCACGAAGCAAAUCUUCUUCCUCGGCCGCUCGGAUGGAGUGCUCAACCCAUCCGGGAUCCGAUUCGGGUCCGCCGAAAUCUACAACGUAAUCGACACGCGAUUCGCCGAUGAAAUCGCAGACUCGAUCUGCGUGGGCCAGCGACGACCCCAGGAUACUGAUGAAUCGGUGAUGCUGUUCCUGCUCAUGCGGCCGGGGCGCGAAUUCACGCCGCAGCUGGUGGGCCGGGUUAAGGAGGCGAUUCGCAAGGCGCUCAGUGCGAGACAUGUCCCGAAGUAUGUCUUCCAGACGCCUGAGAUUCCGACGACGGUUAAUCUCAAGAAGGUUGAGCUGCCUGUGAAGCAGAUUGUUUCGGGGAAGAAGAUUAAGCCCUCGGGGACGCUUUUGAAUGCGAAGAGUUUGGACUUCUAUUAUCAGUUUGCCGAGGUUGAGAGGUUGGUAGAGCCGAAAAGCAAGCUGUGA